AUGACUCCAGCUCAAGUUGCUUCCAGGACUCAACUUGUUCCUCCUCAAUUAGACUCAACGAUCCCAACACAAGAUACCGCCGGUAUUGCUGCUGGUGCUGGUGCUACUGCCACCACUGCACCUCCUUUAUUAGCCGGUGAACACACAUUACCUGCAAGUUGGUGGUUCAAUGAAAACAUCUUCAACUUGGAGAAACGGGCCAUAUUCCAUAACUCGUGGCUAUUCUGCACCCAUAGCUCAAGAUUCACUAAACCAGGCGACUACUACUCAUUUCAAGUUGCCGGGAUCAAAUUCUUUAUCAUCAAAUCGAGAGGUGGUGACACUGAUGGUGAAUUGAAGGCAUUUCAUAACGUAUGCCGCCAUCGUGCUUUCCCUGUGGUGCAAAAACAGUCUGGUACAAGCACAGUCUUGACUUGUAAGUAUCAUGGAUGGAGUUACAACUCACAAGGGAAAUUAUCCAAUGCUCCGCAAUUUGACCAAGUUGAAGGAUUUGACAAGUCGGAGAAUUCAUUGUAUCCCAUCAAGAUUCACGUUACGAAGCAAGGAUUAGUUUUUGUCAAUUUCAACAGUGGCGAUGAUGUGGUUCCAUUUGAUGCUUGGUUUGAUGGAUUGUCUCAAGAAUUGCUGGAAUUUGAUUUUAAUGAUUACGAGUACCACAUGAGUUAUGAAUUACACGGUGAUUUCAAUUGGAAAACGUUGAUGGAUGGGUACCAGGAAUGCUAUCAUUGUCCAGUUGCUCAUCCGGGAUUGAAUUCUGCCUUCAAGAUGGAGACGUACAAGGUUGUGCCAAAGAAUAGAUACUGUCGUCAUUAUGCAACAAUUGUUCGAGAUGGAGAAAAUACGCAGUCCAAGAAGGAGAAAGAAGAGGUUGAAGCAUCAAAGGAGAGUUCCUCAUCAUCAUCAUCAUCUUCUUCUUCUUCUUCGUGGUUUGGGUUUGGGAAAAAGCAAUCACCAAAAGAGUCCACUGCAUCAGCUGCCCCACCACCUCAAAAGAAAACUUCUGCCAACAAGGGUGGUGAAUUUGACGGAUUAUGGGUUUACUUGUUCCCCAACAACGGAGUCAACUGUUACUCUCCCGCAUGGUACUCGAUCCGAGUCUUGCCCAUCUCCGCCACAAAGACAACAUUACAAUACGACAUCUACACCAAAAAGGGUAUAGAUGAAGAGACCAAGAAUGAAUUUGUGGAAUUUUUGCAACAAGUUGAAUUGGAGGAUUUCAACUUGUGUCAAUUGACGCAGCAAAACUUGAACGAAGGGGUUUACAGUUCGGGUUACUUGCAUCCUGUGAAGGAGAAUGGGGUCUUGUAUUAUCAGAAGUUGGUGCGUGAUGCCGUUAUCAAGCAUUUGGAGUUGGAGAAACUGCAGAAUGGUGGAAGGAGUAUUGAUCCUGCUGUUAUUCCUGGUCUGAAGAAGAAUAAGGAUCUUGAACAAUUGGAGGGGAUUUGCCUGUCGCUUGAUUGUGCUAGUGGUACAAACAAUGGAGAACUUAGUUGGUGA